AUGCUGGGCUCGGUGAAGAUGGAGGCCCACGACCUGGCCGAGUGGAGCUACUACCCGGAGGCGGGCGAGGUCUAUUCUCCGGUGACCCCAGUACCUACCAUGGCCCCCCUCAACUCCUACAUGACCCUGAACCCGCUGAGCUCUCCCUACCCCCCAGGGGGGCUCCCUGCCUCCCCACUGCCCACUGGACCCCUGGCGCCCCCAGCCCCCACAGCGCCCCUGGGGCCCACCUUCCCAGGCCUGGGCGCCAGCACGGGUGGAGGCAGCAGCUCAGGGUACGCGGGCCCGGGCCCGGGGCUGGUCCACGGGAAGGAGAUGCCGAAGGGGUACCGGCGGCCCCUGGGCCACGCCAAGCCGCCCUACUCCUACAUCUCGCUCAUCACCAUGGCCAUCCAGCAGGCGCCGGGCAAGAUGCUCACCCUGAGCGAGAUCUACCAGUGGAUCAUGGACCUCUUCCCCUACUAUCGCGAGAACCAGCAGCGCUGGCAGAACUCCAUCCGCCACUCGCUCUCUUUCAACGACUGCUUCGUCAAGGUGGCGCGCUCCCCGGACAAGCCGGGCAAGGGUUCCUACUGGGCCCUGCACCCCAGCUCAGGUAACAUGUUUGAGAACGGCUGCUACCUGCGCCGCCAGAAGCGCUUCAAGCUGGAGGAGAAGGUGAAGAAAGGGGCUGGCGGGAGCUCGGCCUCCAGGAACAGUGCGGGGUCGGCCUCCACGGCCGCCGCCCCUGCCGCCACUGUGGCCUCCACGCCGCAGCCGCAGCCCCCGCCCCCGGAGCCGGAGGCCCAGGGUGGGGACGAAGUGGGGGCUCUGGACUGUGGCUCGCCCGCUGCUCCCUCCACACCCUAUUUCACAGGCCUGGAGCUCCCAGGGGAGCUAAAGCUGGAUGCGCCUUACAACUUCAAUCACCCUUUCUCCAUCAACAACCUGAUGUCGGAACAGUCGCCAGCACCCCCCAAGCUGGACGUGGGAUUUGGGGGCUACGGGGCAGAGGGUGGGGAGUCUGGGGUCUACUACCAGGGCCUCUAUUCCCGCUCUCUGCUGAACGCAUCCUAG